UAAAGCAGUUUUCUGGUCUACUCACAAGAAUUUUGGCUGUCCCAGCGGUUCCGUCACUAUUCUUCACAUCACGAAUUCUUUUUUAAUUCUUUCCUUCUGUUCUGUAGCGUGGAAUUGGCAAUGGCAUCCCAGAAUUCUCUGCACACAAUAUUUUUUAAGUAUAUGAGCUCAUAUAAUUGUGACAGCACGUCAUGGCGAGAUGAUAAAAAGUCAGAAUCACUCAAUUGGCUUAAAUGUCAUAUAUUGCAGGUUUAAUGGCCCACAAGUACAAUUUCUUAUCAUCAAGUAAUCAUUUGUCAAUGGGUAUGGCCGAAAUUUUAAUAUUGUCAAUGGGAAGAGAUGGAGCAUUGAUUUCACACGGAAACGCAACAAAAAUUAGGUGUCUGUAAGAGUAUAUACAGAAUGGCGAGCAGGCUGUGCUGGUAAGGAUUGUAUUAAUGGAUUUCCAGAACACAGAGGUGAAGCUGAGUGUGUUUGUUCUUCUGGUUUUUGUGUUAAUUGUAAUAUAUCCAGAUGGAUGUGUUGCCAGAUUUUAUGUGGAUUUCAUUCAAGCAGAUUUCUCGGCAACUGAGUUGAAUCAUGUGGACGAUGGAGGGAUUUUUCUGGCCUCCCAGAAUGGAACUUUCAAUUUGCAGCUGGACAAUCCGGAGAACGGACCUGAUUUCUAUGUGUGCGUGGUGCAUUCACAAUCCAAUGUUGUGGUUUGGACGGCCAAUCGUGCGGCACCCAUUUCGAAUUCGGACCAGUUCAUUCUCACGCAGGCAGGUGCUAGCAUCAAGACGACCCAGGGUCGAAUCCUGUGGUCUGCCAAGGGCAAAAAUGUCGGGAAUCUGCAGCUCAGGGACGAUGGCAAUCUGGUAAUGCGGGAUUUAUCGAACGGAUCGGUGUGGGAGAGCUUCGAUCACCCGACCGAUACGCUUCUUCCUGGGCAGCGGCUGGUGCUGGGGUCGAAUCUCAUAAGCAAUGCGGCGGAGGAUGACUUUUCUGUGGGAAAUUACGAAGUUUUGCUCACAGAGAAUGAUCUUCUCCUGCGCUGGCGUGUUCAGGGAUUCGAUCAAGAGACCUAUUGGAGCAUGGCGGGGGACUCCAGUGUGAUUAAAUUGCGGUCCAGUGCUGCUUUUACCCUAGCUUAUGCUGCUCUGGAGCAAUCAGGACUGAACCUUUACGCAAAUUCCUCGUCUUCUUCUUCUGCUUCUUCUUCCAUGGUUUUGCAGAUCCCUAUUUCGAGUAAUACGGCUCUGACAAGGGCAGUGAUCGAACCCUCGGGGAAUUUCGAGGUCCUGAGCUUCAUAAGCGGGAGAUGGUUGUCUGAAAUGGAGGCGGUGGAAGAGAAGUGCCUCUUGCCGGCCACCUGCGGCCCGCUCGGGAUCUGCCUAGGGUUAAGUAAUUCUCAGAGAUAUCAGUGCUCCUGCCCUGCGGGUUUCCAGAUGGUAAACCAGUCGGAUCCCUCUCAGGGCUGCAAAGGUCCUCAAUCUCCAAAUUGCAGUUCCAAUUACGGCGAUCUGCUAGUGGGAAACUCUAUUGAUUUCAUCAAAUUGGGAGGCGGGCUGGACUACUUUGCCCUAAAAUUUGAAACCCCAAUUAAAGCAUCCGCCAUUCAAGACUGCCAACAGAUUUGCCUCAAAAACUGCUCCUGCACUGCGUUUUUCUUCGACAACGCCUCGGUUUCCUGCUACUUUAACGGACCAGUCGGAACAAUCAGAAGCACCAGCAAGGGUUCCCAAGAUGCUUAUUUCAAAGUCAUCAGUGGAAAUACAAGCGGAGAAAAGCAGAGUACAGCUCAAUUGCUUCCCAUAAUGUUAGGAGUAGCAGCGGCCAUCUUCAUCUCCUUCGCGUGUGUCGCGCUGAUUGUACUCCGGUACAGGAAAAGAAUAAGUCAUCCGCCAUUAAAAAAGGCAGCGACUCCGGAUUGCGACAAUGAAGACGAGAACCUCCUGCUUUCGAUUCCCGGGCUCCCCACGCGCUUCAACUACGCUGAGCUCCAGUCGGCCACCGACAAUUUCAAGUACAAGAUCGGAUCCGGGGGUUUCGGCACAGUGUACCAGGGAACCCUACUAGACAACACCAGAGUCGCAGUGAAGAAGCUCCAGAGCCUCUUAGGACAGGGCAAAAAGGAAUUUUACUCAGAAAUUGCCACAAUCGGCAGCAUACACCAUGUAAAUCUCGUAAAGCUCCGCGGCUUCUGCGCCGAGGGUUCGAAUCGCCUGCUGGUGUACGAAUACAUGAACAGAGGCUCCCUGGAUCGAUCUCUCUUCGGAGGCCCUGUUCUGGAAUGGCAGGAGCGCUAUGAAAUUGCCCUAGCCACGGCCAGAGGACUCUCUUAUCUCCACCAUGGCUGCCGCGAAAAGAUCAUCCACUGUGACAUUAAGCCCGAAAAUAUCCUUCUGGACGACAAAUUGGAGACAAAAGUUUCGGAUUUUGGACUGGCCAAGCUUCUGAGCAGAGAAGAAUCGCAGGCUUUCACCACCAUGCGUGGCACCCGCGGCUACCUUGCGCCCGAAUGGCUCACCAAUUCCGCCAUUUCUGACAAAACUGAUGUCUACAGCUACGGCAUGUUGGUCCUGGAAAUCGUCGGCGGGAGGAAAAACAGUUUGACUCCCGAAUCUGGAGCUCAAGCGCAGGAUACCUUCAAUUAUUUUCCAACUCACGCGCUUCGGCUCUGUGAAGAGCGGAGAUUUUCCGAGGUGGCGGACCCGAGGUUGGAAGGAAGAUUUCAGGUGGAUCAAGUGGAGAAGCUGGUGAAAAUCGCCCUGUGUUGCGUCCACGAGGAUUCGAACCUGAGACCGACCAUGAGCAAGGUUGUCCAUAUGCUUGAGGGAAAUGUGGAGGUCGAUGAUCCGCAGGUGGAUUCCUUGAUGUUUUUGAAGAUCUAUGCCAGGACGCUUAAUAACUCUCCCAUGGAGAAAACUCCCAUGCUCUCCACCACCAGAACUGUUAAUAAAUAUUCGCCUAUGACCAGUUAUGCAAACAACUCGAUGAUAUCUUCGGUUCAGGUCUCAGGACCUAGAUGACAAAUGAGAUCUUUGGUUCAGGUUUCAGAACUUUGAUGACAAAUGAAAUCUUCUGUUCAGGUUUCUCUGGUAUUCUGCAUUCUUCUGCAACGCUUCUCAUUUUUACUACCGUGGAUUUUGUAGAAAGAUCCUGUUAAAAACUGCUCAUUUUAAGCCUUGCAUUACA